UCUUCUAUCUCACUUCUCUUCACUUCAAACCCCUUCUUCACUUCGUUCCUGUUCUUCUGCUUGUCUCUAUUGCUGCCGACGCAAUCUAGAACACCUAAUCUUCCUGUCUCAGGUCCCUUGUCCUCUUCCUCCGCCACACUCUAUUCGACAACCACAUCCCACCCUCGCACCUCCUCCGCCGUUUGUCGCUAUGGCUACACCCGUAGCCACCACCCGCCUGGCCAAGGAAUACCAUGCCAUCGCCAAAAACCCGCCCCCCUACAUCGUCGCGCACCCCUCGGAGCGCAACAUCCUCGAAUGGCACUACAUCCUGACCGGCCCGCCCGAGACGCCCUACGUCGGCGGCCAGUACUGGGGCACCCUCAUCUUCCCGCCCGACUACCCCUUCGCGCCGCCCGCCAUCCGCAUGCACACGCCCAGCGGCCGCUUCCAGCCCUCGACGCGCCUCUGCCUCAGCAUCUCCGACUUCCACCCCAAGUCCUUCAACCCGGCGUGGGAGGUUUCGACCAUCCUGACUGGCCUGCUCAGCUUCAUGACAUCCGAGGAGAUGACGACGGGCAGCGUGCGCGCAACCGAUCACGAACGCAAGCUCUUCGCGGCCCGCACCAGAUGGUGGAACUCAACCGGCGGCGGCACCUCGACGCGCACGAUCCCCGGCAUUACUACUCCGCAGAGCUCGAACACCCGUGGGAACGGCGCAGUUAAGGCGGGCGACGGUGGUGUCAAGUUUAGGAAGGAGUGGCCGGAGCUGGACGAGGAGAACUGGAAGAUUAUGAAAGAGAAGCGCAUCGAUCCGGUAUCUGGCCUCACAGUGCCGGCGGAGAACUCACAUGGGCCUUGCUCGCCUGAGGCGGCUGCGUUGCGGCGGCGACUGCCGGGGGGCUCUGCCACGGGCGUGGGUGCUGUGGUACAGGGCGGGCAGGUUGCGAGAGAUGCGGGACAGAGCUGGAUUGGGAGGAACAAGUGGCGCAUAGUGUUUGGAGCUUUCUUCAGCUACAUUCUGAUUGCACGAAUGCUGGGAGAGGGCGUCUCCUCUCCUUGAGGCCGGUGAAUGAAGCGAGGUCUGUGUACCAAAAUAAGAACGGUGUUCUCGGAGUCUUCAGAUUUUGGGACGGGUAAGCGACGGAUUUGAUAUCAACGGUUUGGUCUGUGGCCCUCUUUUUCUUCCCUUAGGAC